UAGCAAUGUCAUGCUCUGAGAGAUUCGUUUUCACGGCGUCCUUGGUUAACUCUUUCGUGGACUGUCGUCCAAAGGAGCCCCCCUCUGUCGCCCACCCUGACCCGGACCGCAGAGUCCAACAUAACUGGGGUUCCGUGCCAAACACGGCCAUACCCGGGACAAUGAACCAGCACCAGCCGUUGCAGCCGCAAGAAGCUAUGGCUCAGCCUCGAUACCAAUACCACCAGGGAAUACUGAACUGGGACGAGCCACACUUGAGCCCGGUCCGAGUGCCGCAGGUCAGUGCGUGCCCUUACAGCGCGUCAAACAGAAAAGACGACUCCUCCUAUUUGCUGCUGGAACCGGACAACCACUCAAAACCGUCACCGGACGUGUCUGCCUUCACCAGACUAAUGUCAGAGAUGGGCUCCAUGACGGGUGGUUCUGGUCCAAUUCAGGGCUACUUCCGCCCGGAGCAGUCAUACUCCGGGUUCAAAGUCCAGGAGUACAACAACAGCGUGCACGGCUUGCCCACGACCAAUCCACCGCGCACUCCUCACUCAGUCUCGAGCCAUUUGUACCACUUGAGCUUCCCGGUGCUGCCAUAUCCAGACACUGACAUCAAGCGCGUUAUUGAUGACUUAGCGUUGGGCAGCAGUGAGUGUCCAGCCCAGCGAAGCGAUAGCAGCAGCAUCACCCUGGCCAGCAGUCAGACCAACACGGAAGACUUAGUCAUAGGUUUACGGCGAGACAAGCCCCCAGCAGACUUACCCAAGGGCGAUAAAGGUCCCAGACAGGAGUCGCAAGAGGAUGCAACAUUCAAAAAUGAUGCAACCUGUGGAUGGCUGUGGGCGAAGGCGGGGAGGAAGAAGCGCUGUCCUUACACCAAAUACCAAACACUGGAGCUGGAAAAGGAGUUCCUCUUCAACAUGUAUCUGACUCGCGAUCGCCGCCUGGAGAUCGCUCGCAGUGUCAACCUCACUGACCGUCAAGUCAAAAUCUGGUUCCAGAACCGCCGCAUGAAGAUGAAGAAGAUGACACGGGAACACAGAACCAGGGACUCGGUCACGCAUUUCCCAAUCUGAUUCCUCACAAACAUGGUGUGCAGAUACAGGCCUACAUGGACGUGACACGAGAUGACGCAACGUCAAUGAUAGGAUGGACCAUAUACUGAAGGAUGUGGUAGAGGCCUUGAUCUGAAGGAUGACCUGGAUGAAAGUACUAUCUAUGUCCUAUACACUUUGCAUGAGGAUGUGGUGGCUGUUACCGGUUACACUUGAGUUUUUCCAUGAAGGAGAUAUAUCGGCAAAGCUUUUUCUUUCUCCAUACCCCUGUCCCGCAACACCCUUCAUAAAAGCACUUUAUUUGAUUAUUGUCUUGUAGUUGUUUGUUGAUAGCUCAAUAGAAUGAUUGCAACGUUGCUUAAUUUGUAUUUUUGCCAGACAUAGGCCACUGUCUUGAAUCGAAGACUAUUGUUUACAGUUCAUGCUAGGCUAUGGGAAGCCAAUUUGAAAGGAUCACUUUAUUUAUAACGUGAGCACUAUUUUAUUUAUUUGCGGACGCAAUUGUAUUUGUAAGCUUUGAAAAAUGUGCACCAGUAAGCACAAUAUUUUGAACUUCAAUUUUGUAAAAUAGGAAGGAUUUAAAACAUUACUUCUUGUUUAUACGGAGUCCUUUUUCAGAUAGCUUGACUUGAAACAAAGAGUGUGUUGAUUACAAUAAUGCAUGAUUGGAUGUAUAAAAAAACAAACAAAUGUUUUCUAAAGAGCAUUUGAAUUAAAGGUUACUCUUUCCGUGAAAUAGGGAAACGUUUUCUUACGCACAUGAGCCCUUGACGUUCCAAAAGGCAAGCCUGGGAUAUAAUAUAUAUUUUUGUCUUGUAUUAUCAAUGUUUGCUUUUAUAUAGUUUCGCCUAUCACUUUUGCUUGAAUAAAUAUUCCCCAGUUCCCAUAUGUCUUAGUUUGCAACUUCGAUAUGUGUAGAUAGAUGGAGAAAAACAUACAGCUGCUGAAAUAAAUAUUUUCCCCACCAUUACAUUUAGUGUAAUUGUUGGGUACAUCCCAUUGCAAUAAUUACUAGUUC